GGGCAGCCAGCCCGGGGGCUGCGCCGUGAGCCCGGGAGCGGGAGAGCUGGGGGGAGGCGGCUGUGAAGAGCUGGGAGUGGGGCCGAGAGGGAGACAGGUCGAAGCGGGGGGAGGGGGGGGGGACGGGGGUGGGGGAUGCGGCGCUCCCUCCUCCCCGUGCUCUUUCCCGGAGUCUCUCCGCCCCCAGCCUCUUCCUUCGCGGAGGUGGCCGCGAUGGCGCGGGUGCCGCGUGCCCGCAUCUUCUGGCUGCUGCGGCAGCAGCUGCAUCGGGCCCAGCAUCCCAGCUCUCGGGCCUGGGAUGGAGAAGGAGGAGUCGCGGGCAGACUCAUCUACCUUGGACCUGUUGUGACAUUUACCAGCUUAUUUCUGAGUUGAGGCUCUGACUCCUUUCCCUUUCAUACUUAUUUGGUGCAGAGGAAAGAGACAUUUUCUUUCUGAAGAUGAAUUUGACAGACCACCUUCAGAUAGCUCCCAACACCACCUUGCCAGUCUCCCCAAAAGGCAAUAGCACCUAUUUCCAGGAGGAUCUUCAGGAGAUCAUUCACACAGCCACCUUGGUGACUUGUACCUUCCUGCUCGUUAUCAUCUUCUUCAUGGGUUCCUAUGGUAACAUUAUUGUUUUCAUGUCCUUCUUUGACCCAGCCUUCAGGAAGUUCAGGACCAACUUUGAUUUCAUGAUCCUGAACUUGUCCUUCUGUGACCUCUUCAUUUGUGGAGUGACAACCCCCAUGUUCACUUUUGUGCUAUUCUUUAGCUCAACGGCCAGCAUCCCUGAUGCUUUUUGCUUCACCUUUCACCUCACCAGUUCUGGCUUCAUCAUCAUGUCCCUCAAAACAGUGGCAGUGAUUGCCCUCCACCGGCUUCGAAUGGUGCUGGGGAAACAACCUAAUCGAACUGCCUCCUUCCCGUGUACGUUGAUCCUUACCUUACUUCUUUGGGCUACUAGCUUCACACUGGCCGCCCUGGCUACAUUGAAAACUAGCAAGUCACACCUCUGUCUCCCCAUGUCCAGUUUGAUUACCAGAGAAGGCAAAACCAUCCUUUCUCUUUAUGUGGUUGAUUUCACCUUUUGUGUGGUAGUGGUCUCUGUCUCCUACAUCAUGAUCGCUCAGGCCCUGAGGAAAAAUGCUCAGGUGAGAAAAUGCCCUCCGGUCAUCACAGUUGACGCUUCCAGACCUCAUCCUUUCAUGGGAGGGGGCCAGACAGGAGGCGUAGAUAGCAUCCAGGGUGCUGGACCAGCUUUAUAUAGGAACCAGAACUACAACAAACUGCAACAUGUACAGACCCAUGGAUAUACCCAGUGUUCCAAUCAGCUACCAACUCCUGCUGCCAGUCGGCUCCAGCUGGUCUCUGCUGUCAAUCUGUCUGCUGCAAAGGAUUCUAGAGCAGUGGUCACGUGUGUAGUCAUUGUGCUAUCUGUGUUGCUUUGCUGCCUUCCCCUGGGUAUUUCCCUGGUACAGGUAGUUCUGUCAAGCAGUGGGAGCUUUAUCUUUUACCAGUUUGAACUGUUCGGAUUUACCCUCAUAUUUUUCAAAUCAGGAUUAAACCCUUUUAUAUAUUCUCGGAACAGUGCGGGCCUGAGGAGAAAAGUCCUCUGGUGCUUCCAGUAUAUAGCCUUGGGCUUCUGUUGCUGCAAGCAGAAGACCAGGCUUCGAGCUAUCGGCAAAGGGAGCCUGGAAGUCAAUAGGAACAAGUCCUCCCAUCAUGAAACCAACUCAGCCUACAUGUUGUCUCCAAAACCUCAGAAGAAAUUUGUGGACCAAGCUUGUGGUCCCAGUCACUCAAAAGAAAGUGUUCUGAGCCCCAAAGUCUCAGCUGGACAUCAGCACUGUGGUCAGAGCAGUUCAACCCCCAUCAAUACUCGAAUUGAACCUUAUUACAGCAUUUACAACAGUAGCCCAUCCCAAGAGGUGAGCACCCCAAAUAGUGUACAGCCAAUGAACGUUUUUGGAUUUGCUAAAUUGAACAUUGCUAAGCAUUAUCACACCACUAAUGAUUUAAUGCAAGACUGUGACAGCAUUUCUGCCAAGCAAAUUCCAAUUCCCUCAGUUUGACACAGUAGAGACUAUAGAAUCUUGUAUAAACUUCCUUUGAGUUUGAAGCCCAUUUUAUUGGUUUUAAGCGUGUGUGUUUGUGUGUAUGUGUGUCUAAGUAUGUGUGUGUAAGCAAUCAAUGGUAGUUCUAAACUACAAUUAAAAAUGCAAAUAAAUAAUUGCCAGUUGAUUUUUUUUUUUGCCUAUGAAUGCUCAGUUACUUGCCCUUGAAUGAAAAUUAGUAUUUAGUGAUUGCUUUGCAUUUUUCUGGAAAUUGUAAGGAUUGACAUUAAAAUAUAUUGUUUAGAUUUACAGCCUGAUCUGUAUAAUAAUAGUUUUGUUAAUUAUGUCUAUACCGAAACUUCGAAUAGAUACCAGAAGUUAUUGUUAGUUACAUCAAAAUAGUAAAUCAACAAUGUAAUGGUUGUUUGAAUUAUGAAUUUGUUGUAUUCUUAAGGAAUGUAAGAUAACAGACUUGUUAAAGGGAAUUUUUGAGGAGGCAGUAUUUUUAAUGAAGGAAUGAUGACAUUUGCAUUUUUCAGUGUUUGAAAUAGUUUUAAAAAGAGUAUUUCUCUAUAGUUUAACUGAAUGUUUGACUAUGGCAGAAUGUAAAAAAUACUUUGCACAUAUCUUAGAGUAUUUCUCCUGAAGUUAGGGCCAUCCCUUGAGUCACUUCUUAAAGAGCCCUAUUCACUGAAUGGGCUUUGCCUCACUCAGAGUGAGAACUUGAAAAGACCUUAGCUUAAAAUGGCCAAGAUUUCUCACAGAAUCCUGGGCUGUCUCCAGCCAUCCUGAUCAAUAUCUGGCCACUGGACCCAGAUGGUUCUGGAGGGAGAACGUGAGGCUGGUGACCUUGCACAGACCUCCCUCCCUCAAAUCAAAGUCAAUUGCAAGUCAUGUUAUCAUCUCCCUGACGUCGUGGUCCUCUUCGAGAGCGAAGGACAAAUCAUAACACACAACACACAUAACCACAAUUUCCAGAAACAUUAGGCCCUUUUGUCUAAUAAGACAGUAGGCUAAGUAUGCAACAUCUUAGUCAUUCCCUUUCUUUAUUUUAGUCAUUCCCUUUCUUUAUUGUAGGCAGUAUCAUAAUGGGUCAAUUAAAUGGUUAUAGAAAGAGAAGGAGAUAUUUGGGGGUUUAUUAAAAGUUAAAUGCUUCAGUAAUGAGUGGUCUUACUCAGGAGUUUAGGGAACGUGGCUACACCUUACAAAGUAUUCUUUAUGAAUAAGGAACCAUGAGCCUCUGUAAUUGUGAUUGUUUUGGUUAGAUCUUAUAUGGGAAGCAAUAAUAACUCUCCUGUGAAAAGAAAUUGGGAUGAGAAUGAGAAUUUUACUAAUAACCUGUCAAAUCGAGUAGCCACAUAAUAACAAUAUUGUAAUUUUUUUUUGUUUUUGCUUUAUUUACUAAGUGAAUUCUUAGUAGUGAAUUAUUAAGAUUAUCUUCAAUGUCAUUUCAAAGUAUCUUCUCUUCAAUUACCUAUGGUUGCAAAUGUGCAGAGGUUAAAAAUAUAUUAAAUAUUUCUUUGCCUCUGACUAAUUUUAUUGUACACUGUGAUCUUAGCAUAACCAGUGUGAGAUUGUUGAUUCUGUGAGAUUUUUUUUAUUUUUCUACUCAUCUUUAUGGGUUUAGGAGAAAUUACAACAUGACAACAAUCAGCAGAGUUUUCAAGUAAAAAAUGUAAGAUUGAGCAUUUUACAGUUUAGACUUAUUUUAAUUCAUUCUGAUCAUGUAUAUAAUUACUAGAUGCAAUUAUAACUUUUGAAGACAAAAAGCAUUGCUUAAAAAUUUGUGCAUUCAAAAACAGUUUUCAAUUGCUUUCUAUCCCCAUAUAUACUUCCAAUUUCAUUUAUGAUUGAUUAUUAGUUUGAAUUUCUUUCUUUUCUUUUUUUGGCUUUGAUCUUUGGACAGUAUAGUGUAGUGGAAAUAUUCCUAGACACAAUGUCGAGAGACAUGGGAUCAAUUUCUGCCUUCAACAUUUACUAGUUGUUUGACCAUAGGCAAGUCACUUAACCUCUCUGAGCCUCAGUUUCCUCAUCUGUAAAAUGGGUAUAAUAAAAACUAUAGCACCUACCUCACAGAGUGGUUGUGAGGAUUAUAAUGACAUAAUGUAAUGACGUAAAGCACCUUGCACUUAAAGCACUGUAUAAAUGUCUGCUUUUCUCCCCUUCAUUUUUAAAGCCUUUGUACUUUUGUUUGGGGCACAGUAUUUUUAUUAACAGCUACCUUUACCUCAUUUUUAGUCCUGAAUACUAUUGUGAAAACUUAAUCGUUCAUGUUGGUUCUGUCUUUAGGUUUUAACAAUUAAUUAAUUAAUUGCCAUUUUAAUUGGCUACUAUUUUUCACAAAAAUCCUGAGAGAUAGGUUGGCAUGUUAUCUCUCUUUAACAAAUAUAAAUCUGAAAAACAGAUAAAUAAUUGUUUGGUGAAGCUCAAUUUUGUCUUCUUUCUCUAAGCUUCAAGUCUGUCAUAUAUCCCCAAAUAAGCUGCAAAAUUCUUUUACCUAUAUUAAAUUAUAUUCCUGUGCUUUUUUGGUUCAAAUAUUUAACAUAUGAUUUCAGAAAAGAAUUAUUACAAAAAUUGUUUGAAGCAUUUCUAACUUAAAAAGAUUAGGUUUUAUUUUUGUGCUUGUGGUUUGGAAGAAUUUUCCAUCAUAGUUUUCAUCUUUUUGGAAAGAAAGGUUACAACAUGAAAAAACUUAGCAUGCACAUAUGAUAUACUGAGUCUUUUUGUACUCAUCUAUAAAUUAUGUAUUUGCUUUGGUUUGCAUGAACUACACUAUGGGCCAGACUUUCAGUCUCUUUUGUAUUCCUUGUAUCUUCUUUAAGGGCUAAAAUGGGCAUGAAGGGGAAAGAAAAAGUAGCUGAAUAUGAAUAAAAAACAGGGAUUAAUUAAUUAAUUAUAACAAGUUACAUAGAUGUAUUACUGUGAUGCAGUGAUGUAUUUUCAAAUAUUUUGUAAUAUUUGUUCUCAACUAUAAACCCAGAUUUGUAUUUCUAUACUAAUACUUUAAGAGUUCUUUUAAAAUGUUUGGAGAAUCAUAUUAAAAAUUACAAAAUUUCUG